CCCAACACUGUGCCACUACACCAUAUGCUGUGCACCGGAUAUUGAAGGAAAGAAAAUUCCGAAGGUAUGGUGCAUUGCAGGUACAAGUGUUAAAGCCAGACGAUUCGGUGAAUCGUCUUACAUUCGCUCGCUUGUACCUGAAUACCUUGGACGUGCAUUCCAUCAUAUUUACCGAUGAGGCCAUUUUCCGUCUGCAUGGUACACAAAAGCGGCAUGUUUGGGCCACCAAUAACCCACGGCAAUGCAUCGCUUCCCGUGUGCAACAUGGCACACAGCUCAUGGCCUGGGCUGGACUAACAAGUCGAACAAUCAUCGGACCUUUCUUCUUUUCUCAAAAUGUGACGGCCUCUUCAUACAAAGAAAUGUUGCAGACGUGGGUGAUUCCGCGGUUGCAUGUGGAAGGACUGUUGAGUACGGUUUGGUGGCAGCAGGAUGGUGCACCGGCCCAUUCAGCACAAACCGUGCGUCAGUUCCUGGACGACACAUUCGGUCAUCGAUGGAUUGGUCGGGGAGGACCAAUGGAGUGGCCGGCACGUUCACCGGAUAUGAAUCCCCUUGAUUUCUUCCUUUGGGGAUACCUGAAACGAAGAGUUUAUAAAGUGAAACCCACGUGUGUGGAAGAACUGAAGCGGAGCAUCGUGGAAGAAUGUCGCGCGAUAUCGGUUGACGCAUUGCAGAGGGUUAUAGCCAACAGCAUCCGGCGAAUGCUGCUGUGCCAGCAAAACGGCGGUGGGCAUUUCGAGCAUCUACUGCGUUGAUUGUUAUACUUGUUUUACGUACUGCAUUUCAAUACAUCUUUCGCAUAACCAUUGACUUCAG